AUGAUUGUGCUAUUGGCACUUGUUCCUACGGUUUUAUUAACUUAUAUCGAUACUGAUGCAUUCCAGUUGGCUUUCUUCUGUGUUUCGAUGUUGCUCGCUUCAGCAGCCAGUUUUGGUUCCAUUGGUUUGAUUGCUUGCGGCCUUUUGGGAUUUUCAGCAAAGUUUCCAUCUGAAAAUGUACAAGCAGUAAUGAUUGGUCAGUCAGUCGCUGGGAUUUUGAGUUCGCUGUUGAGCAUCUUUUGCCAAAGCUUAGCAGCUAAUCCCCUUGUGAAUGGUCGUCUAUUCUUUGUAAUUGCCUUUAUUUGGACUAUUUUGAGUGUUUUUCUUUAUGAAUUAUUGAUUCGAUUGAAAGAAACCGAAUUGUUGCUUGCCGAAGAAGGUAGUCGGAUUGACCACUUGUCGGAUCAACGGCUUCUUGACUUAGAAUUACAUUUUAUAUUAGAUAAUAUUGACAACACUUUCGAAGGAGAUGAACCUCCGCUUUAUUUGCGAUCGGCGGAAACUCACUCGUUAUGGAAUGACGCGGAACAAGUGUGGAAACAAAUCAAGACGGAGUGGUGGGCUGGUUUUAUGGUUUUUUUCGGUACUAUGACAGCUUUUCCAGCUAUUUCAUCGUUGGUUCAAACAACUGCGAAAAAUUUGGUUUGGAAAAAUUAUUUUUCGUCUCUCGCAUGCUUCUUAUUAUUCAAUUGUGGUGAUGCACUGGGUCGUUUAGUCGUGAAUUUUGUUAAACUGAGUAGGAAAGCCUUGAUAGUGUUGUCGUUUCUUCGGCUGCUUGCUAUUCCAGUGUUGUUUUUCUGCAAUAUUAAUCCACGUUACCAUUCUGUAACAUUAUUUCGCAAUGAUGAAGUUUUUAUUUCAACAAUGGUACUGUUUUCUAUUUCAAAUGGUUUGCUGUUUACGACAGCAACUGUUAAUGCGACAAG